CACAGAAUAUUCUCUUCCUGCUCCGAGAGGUUCUAGCUAUUAUAGCUUACUUUUUUUCCAGCAGAUAUUGACAAAAUGAAGUUAGCUCUCAGCUUUUUCUUGGCCGUUCUUGUGGUUAUGUCUCAUCAGCAGUUUCAGCGCAAUCCCUAUCAUAUGAUGUUUGACGCGUUUCCUUGGCUGUCGCCAUUGCCGCGCUACCCAGUCAACCCCGCGUUCUACUACGACUAUGAAACAGCAACAGUAUCUAUACCAUCAAAUCUAAAAAACGACGACGUUUAUCCAGUUGAAAAUAAUCGCAACGUUUUCAGCCCCGAAGACGAAGGGGAAGAAUACGCCGACACCCAAUCGAGGGUCAAGGGAUUCAGUCUCAACCGGCCUCGGCCUUCUUCCCAGCAAGACGACGACCAGCAAAAUAAUGCCCGUUUUUUGUACAACAUCGAUACUACUACUGCAAGGCCUUACAAUCAUCCUUUUUUUAAAACGGCGACGUUUACGUCCACCGUUACUUUAAGCCUUAAUUCAAUUCAAAAUUGUGUUCCCGCAAACGAAGUUAUUGCUAACGUUCAACCUUGUCAACCAAAUCAACAAGCUAUUGUCGGUCGCAGAAGACGUGACAACGUAAUAGACGACUCUUCCUAUUUACCAGAAGACACUCAAUUUCCUCCAAUCAAUCCUUCUAAUACAUUCAAUUUGAUGCCAACUGUACUUUCGAAUUUAAAUGAUGACAAUUUAGACCUACUUUCGUCGUCUAUGAACGACAUUGACCUUCCGAAUCUUUCAAGAUCCGAAGACGACCAGCACAAUUCAAGAGAGAAAAGAUUUUUUUUUAUUAACAGAAACCGAUUUGUUGCAUUGUCAGUUUCCACGAGUUUUGUAUUUGUAAACUCCACUAUUCUCGCAACGGUCAAUCUCCUUACCCCACGACAACAAGCUGUUGGGCUGCAAGGUCCAUGUAACCCUAACAACCCAAAUUUUCGAAGAUGCAUUUUAUGUUUACCCCCAGGCUUUACUGUAUGCCCCCCUGCCCCUGUUGUUGGAUAAGCGCGGUGUCAUAUCAACUGCGUUACUCUAUAUUAGUCUGUGUUACCCUAUGAGAGCUGCUAUCGGUAUACUUGAAGCAAGUAUUUAUAAUAGGCAACUGUCUUCCAUAAUUUGCAUUCUUCAAGAAUCUAGAUGCUUACAUUUAAAGUUAAG